AUGUUGUAAUUUAGGUUUAUCCUAUCCAGAGUUAUUGAAGUCGUUUAAUAUUGCCGGAUUGUUCUUCGCUUAGAAAGUAAAGUCUAAAUUAAAAGGAAAUUCAAGAAUUUUAGGUUCAAACUUGAAAAUACAAAAUAGUUGUAUGAAAAUAGCAUUUAUUAAGGCUUUUAGAAUUCAGGUAAGCAGUACAAAGGUUAUAAUAAUAGAAUUUGAUACAUUUCUUUUUAAAUUAAAACAAAAGAACUAUUUACUAUAAAAGGUUUGAAGAGAAGCUUGAAUAGAAAAAAAGAAUUUACGAUUAAAAAUAAUAGCAUCUCUAAUAGCACCAGUUAGUUUGCCGAAAAGUAGAAAAGAGAAGUCGGUAGAUUUAUGAUUUGAAGAAGGUCAAAAUAAGAGCGUCAGAAUUUUAUAAAAUUUCAGCUAUGAACUACUAAAUUGAUAUUGUUAUUGGGAACACUUGCUUGAAUCCUCUAUCUCAGCUAAAGAAUUUUGGUAUUUAUAUUAGAAUAUUGAUAAAUACUAUCAUCUUACCACACUGCAGGAGAUUGAAGGAUUUCUAAAUGAAUUUAAUUUUCAGAAAGAGUAUUUUCCUAUAUCAAGCCAAUUCGAGUGAAAAGGUUAUUUAACAAAAAACACCAGAAAUAGCAAUAGUGAUUCAGUUUCAUAGAUAGAGAAAAUCUUCAUCAAUCAAUAAGUAAUUUUUCUGGAAUUUUCUUCUUUCCCCAAAGUUGCUUUAGAUCAUUUGUUCAAUCAAAGUAAAUGCAACUUCCAUAAAAUCAAUUUUCGACAUUUAUUCUAACGCGUAGUUUAAUUCUGUCCAAGUUUACAUGCAUUGCUAGAAACUAGAAUCAUAGCUUCUAAUAGGUUUAUGUCCUUUGAAAUAAGUAUGUCAAUACAGGCAGCAAAGCAAUGUCAACUACUCAAUCCAGUUUUAAGCCAAGCUAUAGCUCUUUGACACAGGAAGAUCUACAGUCCAUUGUAGUCUACUCUGGGAGCAGAAAAAUUUCGAAGUUACUAAGAUUAAUAUUGGGGAAAGGCAAUUGCUGAAAGAGGAUAGGCAAGAGAGAUAGAUGUUUGAUCAACCCUAGCAGCCAAAUUAUAUUAAUAGAUAUAUCUUGGAUUUGAAGCAACAAAAAUGA